AUGCGCUUUAACGACAGCCGUUGGACCAAAGCCGUGAGCGACUGCGUUCCACGCGAUAUUAAGUGCACUACAGGAAGACCGCCGACCCGAUGGUUCAGACUUCUUCACAAAAUCCUUCAAAAAAGUUCGAUACUCUUCGUCAUUUGUCCCACGCAAAAGGAGGAACCACUGGCCAACUCUGGUAUACGAUCGGGACAAAUGGAAGGAUUACUGGCACCCGCUCGACCAGUUCGAAGAAGAAUAAGAGGCAAGGUGAUCAAGAUGAUGAAUUAUAGUGAAUUAAAGGCAACCCACAAAGCUAUCACUGGGCAAAAUUGUUUCUUCAUCAUGGAUUGUCGAUUUGGAGUAGAGGGGAUUCCGUCCAUUUACUUCCUAGAAUGUCGUCAAAUCGUAAACGCACGAAUGGGUUUUAAGGCUACUCGGCAAGGACGGAAACUCUCCCGUGGGUUCGAAAUGGAGCGCAAGCCAGGCUUGAUCCUGACACAGUUACAAUAG